AUGCUCUGCACGAGACAGUCCCCUGCCCUGGCUCCAGAAGAGCGCUACCGCCCAGCCCUAGCCCCGGAGCGGGGGCGUCGUCAUGUCCCAGGUACGCACCCCCCCCCCCCACCACUGCCCCUCUUCAACACGGAGUCCUCCACGCAUCAAGUGGACUCGGUGGCGUCCGGGGUCCGGAGGAGGCUGCUGAAGGAGACGUUGGAAACAGCCCCUUGGGGGUCGAAGUCGUCUUUGCGCAUCUGGAAGGAGCGCGCAGCAUCGCAGGUCCCAGACGUCUUGGGAGCUGAUGAUGAUGACAUGGGUGAUGGCUGCUCUCGGAAGCUGACGACUGUGAAUAUUCUUCGUUUCCUCUUGCUGGUCCUGAUUCCAUGUAUCUGUGCUCUCAUUGUCCUGCUGGUGAUCCUGCUCUCCUUUGUUGGAACAUUAAAAAAGGCCUAUUUUAAAUCAAAUGGGAGUGAACCUUUGGUCACUGAUAGUAAAGUCCACGUGUCUGAUGUUAUUCUUAAUACAAUUCAUAAUGACGAGAGCACUGUGACGUCUGCUGCCCAUCCCACCCAACACAUUCCCGCCUGGACUAUGGAUGCUUCUCUCUCAGGAGACCAGAAUCACAGGAACACAAGUGCCUGCAUGAACAUCACCCACAGCCAGUGUCAGAUAUUGCCCUACUACACCACGCUGACAUCUCCCCUCUCCAUUGUCAAAAGCAUGGAAAUGGAGAAGUUCCUCAAAUUCUUCACCUACCUCCAUCGCCUCGGUUGCUAUCAACAUAUCAUGCUUUUUGGCUGCAACCUGGCCUUUCCCAAGUGCAUCAGGGAUGGUGCUGACAGUCAUGGACUCCUGCCUUGUAGAUCCUUCUGUGAGUCUGCAAAAGAGGGCUGUGAGUCAGUCCUGGGAAUGGUGAAUGCCUCCUGGCCUGAUUUCCUCAAAUGUUCACAGUUUAGAAACCAAAGUGAAAACAGCAAUGUCAGCAGGAUUUGCUUCUCACCACAGCAGGAAAACGAAAAGCAAUCACUCUGCAGAGGGGGCGAGAGCUUUCUGUGCACCAGUGGCAUCUGUGUCCCCAGGAAACUGCAGUGUAACGGCUACAACGACUGUGAUGACUGGAGUGACGAGGCUCAUUGCAAUUGCAGCGAGAAUCUGUUUCACUGUCACACAGGCAAGUGCCUUAAUUAUAGCCUCGUGUGUGAUGGCUAUGAUGACUGUGGAGAUCUGAGUGACGAACAAAACUGUGAUUGCAAUCCCAUAGAGGAACAUCGCUGUGGAGACGGGCGCUGCAUUGCCAUUGAAUGGGUGUGUGAUGGGGACCACGACUGCGUGGAUAAAUCCGAUGAAGUCAAUUGCUCAUGUCACAGCCAGGGGCUGGUGGAAUGCAGAAAUGGACAGUGCAUCCCCAGCACUUUCCAGUGUGAUGGAGACGAGGACUGUAAGGAUGGAAGUGAUGAGGAGAGUUGUAGUGAUGGUCAGACUCUAUGUCAAGAAGGAGACCAAAGAUGCCUCUACAGUUCUUGCCUUGGUUCAUGUGGUGGUAACUCUCUUUGUGACCCCAGCAACAGUGUGAAUAAUUGUAGUCAGUGUGAACCAAUUACAUUGGAACUCUGCUUGAAUUUGCCCUACAACCAUACAAAUUUUCCGAAUUACCUUGGCCACAGGACUCAGAAGGAAGCAUCCAUCAGCUGGGAGUCUUCUCUUUUCCCUGCACUUGUUCAAACCAACUGUUACAAAUACCUCAUGUUCUUUGCUUGCACCAUCUUGGUACCAAAGUGUGAUGAGGAUACACACCAGCGUAUCCCACCUUGCAGAGCUCUCUGUGAGCAUUCCAAAGAACGCUGUGAGUCUGUUCUUGGGAUUGUGGGUCUGCAGUGGCCAGAAGACACAGAUUGCAAUCAAUUUCCAGAGGAAAAUGCAGACAAUCAAACCUGCCUAAUGCCUGAUGAUGAAGUUGAAGAAUGCUCACCUAGUCACUUCAAGUGCAGCUCAGGACGGUGUGUUCUGGCUUCCAGAAGAUGUGAUGGGCAGGCUGACUGUGAUGAUGAUAGUGAUGAAGAAAACUGUGGAUGUAAGGAGAGAGAUCUUUGGGAAUGUCCAUCCAGUAAACAGUGUUUGAAGCACACAGUCAUCUGUGAUGGGUUUCCAGACUGCCCUGAUAACAUGGAUGAAAAAAACUGCUCAUUUUGCCAAGCUGAUGAGCUAGAAUGUGCAAACCACGAGUGUGUGCCGCGUGACCGGUGGUGUGACGGUGAAGCCGACUGUAUAGACAGUUCCGAUGAAUGGGACUGUGUGACCCUCUCUGCAAACGUGAACUCCUCCUCAUUCCUGAUGGCUCACAGAUCUGCUGUGGAACACCACGUGUGUGCGGAUGGCUGGCAGGAGACACUGAGUCAGCUGGCCUGCAAGCAGAUGGGUUUAGGGGAACCAUCUGUGACCAAAUUGAUAGAGGAACAGGAGCAAGACCAACAGUGGCUUACAUUACGCUCCAACUGGGAGAGCCUUAAUGCAACAACUUUGCAUGAACUACUGGUAAAAGGGCAGUCCUGUUAUAGCAGAAGUAAGAUUUCUCUUCUGUGUGCUAAGCAAGACUGUGGGCGCCGCCCUGCUGCCCGGAUGAACAAGAGGAUUCUAGGGGGCCGGACGAGUCGCCCAGGAAGGUGGCCCUGGCAGUGUUCCCUGCAGAGUGAACCCAGUGGGCACAUUUGUGGUUGUGUCCUCAUUGCCAAGAAAUGGGUUCUGACGGUCGCCCACUGCUUUGAGGGGAGAGAGAAUGCUGCCGUUUGGAAAGUGGUGUUUGGCAUCAAUAACCUAGACCACCCAUCAACAUUCAUGCAGAUGCGCCUUGUGAAGACCAUCAUCCUGCAUCCUCGCUACAGUCGAGCGGUGGUGGACUACGACAUCAGCAUAGUGGAGCUAAGCCAAGACAUCAAUGAAACAAGCUACGUCCGACCAGUCUGCUUACCCAGCCCGGAUCAGUCCUUAGAACCUGAUUCUUACUGCUAUAUCACAGGCUGGGGACACAUGGGCAACAAAAUGCCUUUUAAGCUGCAAGAGGGAGAAGUACGCAUUAUUUCUCUGGAGCAGUGUCAGUCCUACUUUGACAUGAAGACCAUCACCAACCGGAUGAUCUGUGCUGGCUAUGAGUCUGGCACAGUUGACUCGUGCAUGGGUGACAGUGGUGGGCCUCUAGUUUGUGAGAAGCCGGGAGGACAGUGGACAUUAUUUGGCUUAACUUCAUGGGGCUCCGUCUGCUUUUCCAAAGUCCUGGGGCCUGGAGUUUACAGCAACGUGACAUACUUUGUCAAAUGGAUUGAAAGACAAAUAUACAUCCAUACCUUUCUCCUAAACUAA